AUCUUCCUUGCCAGAGCUCUUCCCUCUUACGAAGGGCGCAAUCUUCCUCGCCAGAGCUCUGAAUCCUUGAAGUAUUUCCUCGUUCCGUGCAGAUUCAUCUCAAAUAUUAUAAGCCUCAUGCUGCGUGGAUCAGCUUGAAUGCAUGGGUUGAUGAAAGCAUAGAUCAGAGGAUUGGGUUUGGCCCCAACAACGCCGGAUUUCAGCUCCAACUCAAGGUUCCCUGAAUGGAUGUUGCAGAUAGAGCUCACCAAGAACGUCUCAACUAUUUGAGCAGUGACCCACAAAUGGAUGGUGUGGAAGAAUAUUGCUGCAUGUUGGUGGCAAUCAGCCUUGAACAGGAAUAGCCUUCAACCAUUUGACCAAAGAUCACCCCAAUUGGACAGUCCUAGCCGCUUGAUUUGAUUAAAAAAGGCAAUUCCUUGAGCCCUGUUCUGAUUGAGCAUUUUGGGUCUAAUGUUUUUCUGGGUUUUGAUUGAUAUUGGGUCUUCAUCAAUACCUGCUUUGGCUUUUAUUUUGAUUCCCUCAAUCAUCUGUCACACUGACAGAGUAUCAAUUCUCUACUUGCCACUACAUUUCCUGAUUUCAGUUAAUCAACUUACCAAUUCCUUCACUGCGAUAAACUGCUCAUCAAUCAAAUGACAGCUCCAUCCCUAAGAAUAAAUUUCCAGUUAAUAGAACAGAAAGUAUCAACACAUACAGGAAGAACUCAAACCGGUGAUUUCAAGAGUUACACACUGAAUGGAUGUGUUCCCUGAUACAUUCAUCACAAGACUUACGGACCCAAAAAAUCAUUUUUGUGUUUCCAUACAGUGGCAUUUGCCAAAAAGUUCACAGAAUCACAUAUUAUUUUACACUUUUGUGCAGGGAAUAUAAAGCACCUCAAUGUUGCCUUUAGUUAGUUAAAUGCUGUGAAUUUUCUCUCAUCUAUUUGAUCUAUUGUUUUUCAAAUCACUUCGCAUCCUUUGAAUUCGCAGAUCAAACCUUGCGGUCAUGGAACAUUAGCAGCUUCACAUUUUCUUUUUACUUCUGGUUUGGCUGGAACAGAUCAAAUCAAGUACCUCACAAAAGUUGGGCUUCUCACUGCCAAAAGGGUCGAUGGAUUUCAGCAAUUAGAUGGCAUCUCAAGGCCUUCAAACCAUGAAGUGGACAAAAUCUUUUCUAUUGAAUUGAAUUUUCCAACCAUAGCAGUGAUUGAAUGCAACUCUAUGGAGAUUCCGAUGAUAUAGAGAACACUGAACGGUGCUUCAGUGAUCGAUAUAAUGAAAACUACUUUCAGCGAUGCAAUUGUGGUGCUCUCAUCAGGAAAGGCUGUUGCAGAUGUACAACCACAGUUUGAUGAGCUACGAAAUUGUGACGCAAAUAUAGUUAUCAUGACAGGGCUUGCAGAGAUGGAAUUAUGGAGCUGCAUCCAGGAGCAAUCAAUAGCAUCCCAAGUAAAGCACACAGAAAUUGAAUGGUUAUUUAUCUCACUGAGGACUACGGGAAAAGGAGACAACAGGAGCACUCAUUUUGGUAUCGAUCAGGUCCCACUGACAUCUUGUUCAUCUCAACACUGUAAAUUUACAUGUGGUGAUAUACCACAACAGCAUGAUUUGUUGUCUGUAAGUAUUUGAUCAACGGCCCUAAGAAGGCAUUGUGAUCUGACUCUUGGGAUUGGAAUGUUGUGUAAUUAUAAUAUUUUAGGUUUCCUAGUUUGAUUGAUUGAUCACUUGUUUGUCCAAAUGCAAAUGUAUUGAAUAAACAUCUGUGACAGAUAAUUUGUCAAGGAAAUUUAU